GCUUCACUUCCGUCAUUCGGCUGUUAAACCUCCACGAGCGUGAAUCAAUCACGGGCGCGGGCGCGCGCGGUAGAAGAGUCCAGUCAGUCAUCUCACGUUCGCGCUCAACCUGCGAUCCUGACGUCAUCAUAGCGAGGGUCUCCUGAUCAUCGCAGGUGAAUCCUGAACCUGUCUGUCUUUCCUGCAGUCUGUCUUCAGCUCAUAUCAGGAAUAAAGCGUUGGACCGCGCGUCUCCAGCGACAUGGGAAAGACGCGAGCUCUGAUCCUGCUGUUCGCCGCUGUCGGUUUAUGCCACUGCAGGUCGGUGACGGUGUCUCAGGGCCCUUUGCUCCGGGUCGAGGGCCAGCCGCUGUCUAUUCGCUGUAAUGUAUCGGACUACGAGGGCCCCACGGAGCAGGACUUCGAUUGGACGAUAACGCGAGGAACAGAAUCCAUCAAAGUGAUCUCAACAUUGGACGAAAAAUUUUCAGAUCGCUCUUUUCAGGACCGCAUAAGGAGCGGCGACAUUAGUGUUUCACGACUAGCGGACUACACAGUGGAACUGAGAAUUCAAGAGGCUCGAGUUAGUGACAGCGCCACCUACCGCUGCAGUACUCCAAGCACAGAUUCGGUUAUAAGUGGAAACUAUGAUGCAGAUGUCCAGCUGCAAGUUGUUCCUAAUAGUCUUAUUGUGGCACCCGACACCCCAAACCCUGUCGUUCCCGAGGGAGGAUCCAUUAGACUCCUGUGCAACGUCUCCCGCAACUUCAUCGAAGGAAUUUACCUGUCUUUAACCUGGUCAGUCAAGAAGGGCUCGUCUCUACUAGAAGACCUGCUGACCUUUGGCCCAGAUUUGAGUAUGACAGUUGGCAACAACUUCACAUGGCGCUACACAGAUGGCGGGAUGCGUCUAGAAAUGGGAAACGGAGUCUCGCACAAUCUAGUGCUCUCCAGAGCGAUGCCGGAAGAUCAAGGGAUGUACGUGUGCUCGGCCAGACUGUGGACGAGAGAGCAGGGAGUCUGGAACCGGAUUCAGGAGAAGACAAUGGAGAUGGGCGAAGUGACUGUCACUCCAACAGCGAACUCCCUGACUGUUCACGUUCAGGACGGCAGCACAUUAUCCACAGGAGAAACGCUGCUCCUCACCUGUUCAGUCUCUGCUGACUCUGCGGCCUCCAUUGACCUGGAGGUGACGUGGCUGUUGAACGGCAGCCGUACUCUGGCCCACCUGAGUCGUGACGGCGUGCUGACCAACACAUCUGAUGUGGUGGACGUGAGACGCUUGGGGAAGUGGCAUUUCCAAAUCAAAGUUCACGGUGUGGAGAUGUCUGACGCUGGACUCUAUUCAUGUAAAGUGAGCAUGUGGGUUCAGCACGAUAGUGGACGAUGGUACAAGGCUGCGGAGAAGAUUUCUGACCCUGUACGAGUUCAUGUUAUUAAGCAAAUUCCAGAAUACACCGUUGUUCUAAAUUCAUCUGUGAACGCAAAGUUCUUCGGUGACCCAACGGAGUUGGAAUGCAAAGUUACGAACGUGUCCAACCUUCGUAGCGGACGGCUGGGAGUGUCGUGGCUGUACAGAGACGCUCUGCCCAGUAACGUUCCAGUAUCUACUCAAACUAUCGCGUCAUUAGAUGAGAACGGAACCCUUGUGCCAGGCAAGAUGUACAAGAGCCGCAUACAGGCAGGGCUUAUUACAGCGACCCGAAUGGAACCUUCCACAUUCAAGCUCCGCCUCCUUCACACAACUGACGCAGACGCUGGAGAAUAUGCAUGUGCCGUAACGGCGUGGAUCCCGACCCAUCAUGGGAACUGGAAAAAGGUAGCGGAGUAUCUGACCCCAGCGCUUAAAGUCAGCUUUGCUAACAAGCGUCCCGUUCUUGGUGUCGUAGCCCGUCGUCUCCGUGAAGCUACGGCUACUGGCUCCACGUUUGAGAUGAGCUGCCAGGCCAAUGUCCAAAACCUCCCGCCGGGAACCGCCUUUUCCAUCCUCAUCCUGUCCGAGGAGGCCGUCGGGUCUCCCAGCCGCAAACUCGCCUCGCUGGGCCCUGAAAUGGUUCUUCAACUGGAGGACUGGGGCGAGCCUGGCCGACGGGACGACCUGAUGCUGGUGAAGACCGGGAAGAGGGAGUUUCAAUUUCGUAUCCAAGCGGUGCAGGUGACAGAUCGCGGGUUCUACUCAUGUGAAAUGAAAGCCUGGACGAAGCCGGCCGGGGAAGACUGGGUCGAGAUGGCCAAAGGAGUGUCCAAUAAGGUUCAGAUCGCUUUUGCACACAAAGGUCCCACAUUUGAUGUGUCCAUCAAUUCAGACACGACGAGUGUUUACCCCUGGGAAACUGCUAAGAUGGUGUGUGAUGUCAGUGUUAGCGGCACGUCUCCCACUACAGAUGAUGUAGCAUACGAGAUGAAGUGGUUUCUGAGUCGUCUGAGGGGUUCCAGCAGCCUGUCCCUGCUAGCCAGUAUGGACCGCUGGGGUGUCGUUCACAAAACGCCUCGCAAUGACAGCAGCGACUGUAGCCUUGAGCGUCUGGGACCCAGAAGAUUCGCCCUAAACAUUCACAGCACACAGGACAGUGACGCCGGCGACUAUCACUGCACCGCCACACCCUGGAUUCGCUCAACGGCCACCGGGCUCUGGAGCAAAGCACAGGAGGUUUCCUCAAAGAGAGUGUUCCUCAACGUGAAAUUUGCAUUGUGGGACUCAAUGAAGCUGCCUUUACUGUAUGGGAUCUGUGCUUCAGUAACUGUAGGCGUCUUUUCUCUCGUCCUGGGCCUGGUCUGUGCUCACUGCUGCUGUAAAACCACUACACCUACUCCACGCUCUCGCAACAAACUCAUGGAGCUGGAGAUGGAUUGACAAAGACAGUACAGUUGUCCCCUUCCAACCUGGAAGCCAUGGUGACAACUGCUAAACUCUGGGACGCGUCCCGUCACGUUAUGCACCGCCUGAAAGGAGCAACUACACUCUCAGAGGAAAUAACUACUGAAUCAGAGUCAACGACCAGGGCGAAUUACUCAAAUAUUGCACUAAGCACAUUCUUAUAUCAGCCGGGAACACUUUUUGUUGGAUUUAUGAACGUUUUGUCAGUCUACAUUGAAACAAGAAAUGUUAAAGAAGACUUUUUUACACUCUGAUGAGAUACCUGCCAAGAUCCAAGCAGGUUUUGACAAACUGAAGGAUUAUAUUACACUACAUCAAGCUCCAAAGAGACCUUUUGCUUCCAGAUCAGGGUUUAAAGAUACUAGUUUAUACCAUGAUUCUUCUGAAUAUGGUGCUACUCUCCUUUUGCAAGACAUGGGAGGAGCUGAACCCAUGUCACAAUGUGAAAGAUGGUAUUUUAUCUGUGAUUUUGUGACAUUGUUCAUUGUCCUACUGUAUGCACUGUUCAGUUUUUGUUUUCUAACCCAUCCAGAGUUGACCAGCUCUGACUAACCGAUCCCUCUAAAAGCUAACUAGCCAACCAUUGUCAACUGGUUAACUGUAAUGCGACAGGGGCGGUCACACUAGAUUUUAAGAAUAUAAAAUUAAUUUGGACCUGAAAGAAUAUGUAAUGUUUGAAGAUAUAAUGUUUUUGUUUGUUGUUGUUUUUUUUGUUUUGUUUUUAUUAGUAUUUUUAGAUACAUAAUGAAUUCACAAUGUUAAAAUAUACCUAUUCUGUUUCCAGUGACAAUACAACUCAUGUAGCUUGACACAUCUGUCUAGCUAGCAACACUCUAGCAACCAUCCAGAACACCUUAGCAACUGUUUAGAAACACCUUAGGAGCUGAUAAGCAACUCUGCAGUGAACACUAAAAAAAACGCUGUUACAACCUAGCAACAGCAUAGGAAACACCCAGAGCACCAUGACAACUGCGUAGAAACACCCUAGCAACUACCCACAACACUUUAGUAACUUAAGAACUAAUAGCAUCAUAGCACCACCCCGAACACCAUAGCAACUGUAUAGAAACACCCUAGCAACUACCUACAACACUAACAAACACUAAGGCAAUUCCAGCAACGGUGUGGAAACCACUUUUAACACCAUAGCAACUGCACAGAUACACCCUAGCAACUACCUACAAUAUUCUACUGUAGCAUAUACCAAGAACAUCUAAGAAACGGCUUAGAAACCACUUUGAAUAACAUAUCAACAACCCAGAACACCACAGCAACUGCUUAGAAAUGCCCUAGCAACUACUUACAGUAAUCUACUGUAGUAAAGACCAACAACAUCUUAGAAACAGCCAAGAAACCACUUUGAACAUCAUAUCAACCACCCAGAACACCAUAGCAACUGCUUACAAUAAUUUACCUACAACACUAACAAACACCAAGAGCAUCCUAGUAACAGUCUAGCAACCACUUUGAACACUGUAGCAACUGCUUAGAAAUGUCGUAGCAACUACCAAAACAAUCUACUGUAGCAAAGACCAAUAACAUCUUAGAAACAGCUUUGAAACUUAGCAACCACAAAGAACACCAUAGCAACUGCAUAGAAAUGCCAUAGCAACUACAACAUUCUAGCAGUCACCAAGAGCAUACUUGCAACAGUCUUAGACCACUUUUAAGACCAUAGCAACUGCAUAGAUACACCAUAGCAACUACCUACAACAAUCUACUGUAGCAAAGACCAAAAACAUCCUAGAAACAACUUAGAAACCACUUUGAACAACAUAGCAACCACCUAGAACACCAUAGCAAUUGCAUAGAAACACCCUAGCAACUACCAAAACAAUCUUCUGUAGCAAAGACCAAGAACAUCUUAGAAACAGCUUAGAAACAACUUUGAGCACCAUUGCAACCACCCAAAACACAAUAGAAACUACUUAAAAUCGCCCUAUAGCAACUACAUACAAUAAUUUGCUAUAGUAAAGACCAAGAAAACCAUAGCAAUAGCAUAGAAAUGCCCUAGCAACUACCUACAACACUAACAAACACCAAUAGCAUCCUAGCAGCAAUCUGGAAACCAGUUUGAACACCAUAGCAACUGCAUAGAAAUGCCUUAGCAACUCUACAACACUCUGAGAAUCAUAGCAACUGCAUAGAAACGCCCUAGCAACUACCAAAACAAUCUUCUGUAGCAAAGAAAGGGGGAAGUCGUGGCCUAAUAGUUAGAGAGUCAGACUGGUAACCCGAAGGUUGCGGGUUCGAUUCUCAAUACUGACAGGAAAUGACUGAGACCGCUUAAAAAUCACUUUGAGCACCAUAGCGACCACCCAGAACACCAUAUCAACUGCAACACCCUAGUAACUACGUACAACUUCAGGGCAAACUUAGUUUGUCUGUAACAUCCUUUGUCAAGCUAACAUCAAAGUUUCUCUAUUCUUCAGUAGUGUAAGUUCAUGUUCUUGUAAACAGGUGCUGAUGUCAAAAUGAGCGUUUGAUGUUCAGCCAGGAGGUGAAUCAGUGAUGUUAAUGUUCCAAAUUGGCCAAGCAUCUUUUUUACAAAUGCAGAUUUGCAGGUCAGAAAGUCCUACGCACAUUCUCGCAUAUCCCGUGUUUACAUGAGCAGAGGCGGCCUUUGCAGUUCAGAAGCCUUUUUCAGAGAAAAAAAAAAGAUAAACUGACAAUAUUUUGUCUAAAAUGUAAGUCACCUAGCCUAUUAAUUUAUUGCUUUUUUGAACUGUUGUAUAAAAUCAAUAUCAUAUUUGUAAACGUGCUGCUGAUUUUUAGGAAAACGGCACUUUUGCUUCUGUGAUAUUGUUUAUAAAUAAUAAAAACAAGAACUUAUACAAAGACUUUUUUGCACCAUAUCUUGGUUUUUGGAAGCAUUUUUAUUUAUUUUGGUGGCUUUUUUGCCCCAAGCCCCUAUUAAUUUCUGACCCUGGUGUAUGCAAUGUGUGUUUGUUGGGGGCGGGGCUCUUUUUCGAGGGCAAGCGGAGGCCCCUUCUGUUGCGAUGCCUGUUUCAAGUGAACCAGGAAAACGUAGCAAAGGCCGCCACUGUACAUGAGUAUGAAUGAAAGCGAUCGGGCGGAGGUCUAGUGUGGUCGCCCCUCGAGCUGGUGAAAGGUUCACUCAUUGACUGCUACAGAUGGGUUAGUUGGAGUCACGUAAAGGUCAUGAUUUGCUUAGGUUGAAUCUGUGCCUUGGCCCUGGUUUUGAAGCUCCGCUAACAGCUUGGCCGACAUCCUGCACUUCCGCUGCCGCAUCACGGAGCAAGUGGACCUGAAACUCAAUGCCAUGCAUUAAGGCCAAAAGACCCCCAUAACAAGCACUCUUCUCUUCAGUGAUGCCUCAAGGGCAUCGACCGACCCUUUUCUACUUUGUCUGCUUCUGAGGGUCUUUGUCUUCACUCCUGAAGCUAUCGACUAACAGUGCGGCCCCCCGUGAAUAUCCCACAUUAAAGAUAGUGGAUAUUCACAGUGUUUGUACUCUGGUUUGGGUUUGUUCUCGAUCUCUUUUCCUCAGUAUUAAACUUCUGCCAUUAAUUCAGCCCUAAACGUAUACAGACUCCAAUCAAACUUUAUUUUCUACAUCAUUUCAGUCUAAAGUGUGCUUCUUGGGUUUUGUAAACUUUAUACUUUUUAAGAAAAUGAAGAAACUGUCCCUUUGACAGCAUGUUCACCAUUGAAAAUGAAGUGACUGUGUUGAUGUCAUCAUGCAAACUGAAUAGCGACUGGUCUUCGUUCUUGAAUUUAUUUGCAUACUGAACUGUGAUUGGUGAAAGAGUGUGAUAUUGAGAUGGUUAUUGAAUGAAAGAUUCAGUGAGUGACAUGGUUAACCAACUGAUCAAAGGAUGGACACACUAGAUAAUAAGCAUGUAAGAUUAAUACAGAAUUAUUUUAGAAGGAACAGGAUAUGACGUCAUGGUCCAGUGCUUUUGUUUUCAAAAAGUAAUAAAUUAUAAAUAAUAAUAAUAAUAAAUUCAAAAUGUUAUAAUA